AUGGGCGGAGGAGAUCUGCCCAAAGGGGUGAACCUGAGGGACGCGGUCCGGUGCGCGAUCGAGGAUUCCAGUUUCUCCGUCGUGAUUCUCAGCCGCGAAUUCGCUUCCUCGCAGUUCCGCCUCGACGAGCUCGUCCAAAUCAAGGAGCAGCACGCCGCCGGUACCCACGCCUGCUUACCGGUCUUCUUCCAUAUCUCCCCCGACGACGACUGCGCCACUCUCGUCGUCGACUCCGGAUCCGGCGGCUGCUUCCACGACUGCUUUAACCGAUACAAAACCCAGUUCACUUACCGAAGGGUUCACGCCUGGAUCCAAGCAAUUGCUUGGCUUGCCGGCAUCUCCGGCUGGGUCCUCACCGCCGGCCGGUCUGCUAUCUAA